AUAACAAGAUGGCGGAGAACAAACCUUCACUUUUAGUUGCAGUCAAAAAGCUAAGACAAAAUUUCGACAUAAAUCAUGCUAAAACUGCAAAAAUAUCACGAGGGUUUCGUACUUUGGGUGUUCUAGACUCUAAUGAUUGUUUGACGAUAUGUAACGUGUUAAAACGAGGCGGGAAAACGCUUGACAAUGUUCAGAGUUUUGAAUGGGGAUCGCAGGCUAUUUCGAAACAUGAUCAUGAAUAUCCAGACAGCACAGCAGAUGAUUGUCUCGUGGUUAUCAAAGAUGAUCAUUCCGUAGAAUUACACCACGUCAAACAACAAGUUACAAGUGAUGAUAAGUUGGAUGAUAGCUGUUUGGUUGUAAAUUGUGAUGUUGUUGUAAAAGCAGACUUGUUGAAAAGCCUCCUCAGGGACAGAGGAAAAGACUCUGCAGUCCAAGAAGUAUCCAUCAUUGCCAUGGAAACAGAGCAAGAUCCUCAUACUCAUAAUGCAACACUCCUCAUUAAUGACAAGUACAUAGCUGUGAUAACAUUAAGUGAAACCAAGGAACCUGACAUGGUUUCAUGCUUUGCUCUGGACAAUUCAAUGCCAACUCUACCUAUUGUCAUCCCUGUUUUAUCCCUGGUUCAAGUAAAAAGAUGUCUUUCACUCAUCUUCUGUUUGUUUUCUUCUGGAACUGCGAUGAUUCAUCAUAUUAGUGGUGAUUUUAUUGCAUGUCUAGACAUACAGUCAUAUCACUAUAGCAAGCAAGACCCAGAUCUAGAAGAUGCCAGUAGUGAUGAUGCUAGUAUUGAUGUUCAACAGUUCCAAAGGAAAUUUGUUCACCUAGAAGUGACUGAAGACCUCUCACUUGUUGUGUCUUCUGAUGACUCAAACAACAUAUACACUGUGAACCUGGAUGAGUACUUCAGGGAUAAUCCAGAUCAUUUGAAUGUGAAGGAUAAGGCAACUAGAACUAAUACUGUUAGUAGUGGAAUGCAGUUCUCAGUGGAGGAUGAAGACCAACUUGUAAGGAAUACUAGGAUGGCAGAUAUUGCAUGUGGAGACAGGUUUUGGAAGAAUGAGCUUUUGGAAAUGAGAAUGGAGGCUGCAAAGGAGAYUAGUCUUAAUAAUGGUAUUGGUUCUUACUUAAAUAGUGACAACUAUCAAUCUACUGGAAGAUGGUUUAGUAAUAUCAAAGACCUUAAACUCCUUGAUUACUCUAUCAAAAAUAAGACUAAAUACACCAUGACUGAGCAACCAAAAACUCUCCAGCGGACAGGGUUCCUUCUUAAGAGAAAGAAAUCUGAAUCACGGAGUAUAACCCCAAGCUCUGAAAACUCCUACAACAUGAACAAGGAGCCAGCGUUGCCGAAAUUCUCCUGGACCGAAGCAAAAUCUUUGUUUUACCAAUCUGACAAAUGGAUUGAAGAGCACCAUAUCGUUAAGCUUUUUGCUGCCUCAGAUUCAUUGAUAGUCUGGUUUAGGCAUGCCCAGAGUAAUGGACAACAGGAGCUAGGGAGUGAUUGUCCAUUUGGGUUGGUUUGCUUGUUUGGGUAUGGAAACAAAGAGGCUUUGUAUAGACACCCGUUUUCAGAGCCCAUUUUGAUGGUCGACAGCAGCGAUUCUUUUCAACCUGCUUGCCUUUUAACCAAGAAUCAGUUGUGUAUUCCUUCGUUUGGUGUGGAUCAAAAUCAGCUUGUGCAUAAAGUGAUUAUGUACGAGAAUGCAGCCUUAGCUGAAUCACUCUGUCACAUCAACCACUGGGAUCACUAUGUUAUACCUCUGGAGGCGUUACAAGUGGCUUUAAAACACAGACAACUGGAUACCGUGGCGUUCUUCCUAAAAACGCAGGAAAACGUAUUCACAAGCUCCACUUCCCUACUGUCACCAUCCUCUUCAAACACAACUCUCUCCCCACAGUUCCCCUCUCCCAGUCCUUCCUCGACCACUCAGCCUGUUACCAUGGAUAUACAACAAACAGAGCACGUGAUCAACGCAUUGGUUAAAUCAGUGAAAAAGAACGCAAAGCAACACCACAAUCUUCACAUCACAAGCCAGCUUCUCCAAAUGACCCUCAUGUACCUACACAGUCUACUCGAAGAUGGAACCCGCUUCAUCGAAAAAAAUAAACCAGAAACAGCUUCAACUAUUAACCAAGACAUGUUAGCUAGCCCUGACGUGAAGCAGCCCGCGAUGGUGUCAGCGGUAGAGGAUUGUUUAAUGUUCGUUACCAAGAGCAUUGUUGAGCUACGGCGUUACCUUGGUAAUAUACCAGAGAAGCAAGAGCUGGAUGCUGUUGAUGGAAGAGAAGGGGAGAUAGCGUUUGAUGACGUUGAUGGAGGAUCACAGGAUACAUUUGAAAAAUGGAAAACUAUGAAUUGCAAGGAAGUGAUCAGAGAUGCUGUGAUCAGCGGUAACAUUGGCACUGCGCAGGCGUACUUUUUAAGUAGCAGGAGCCAUGGAGAGGUAAGCUGUGAUGGUUCAUUGUCUAGUAUCACUACUACUGGUCUAGAAAUCAUGCUCACUUCACUUGUCAACCAAGACGUAGAUACUGCUAUCAGGAUCAUUACUAACCUCGGUCGUGAUCCAGUUGAACAACUUCACACCUUGUGUUUCAACACCUUACAUCGACCACUCCGAGAUUUUCUGAUAAGCGAGCUCGAUGCAAAAGGACAUCUAACGAACGACGAGAAAGAAAUGCUACAGUUUGUCGAGGCGUUAGAGAAUCUGUACAACACGCAGUCAUUUGAAAUGGCGAAGGAGGGACUGACAUCACAGAGUUGGACUGACCUUGGGCUUCUCAAGAACACCUUCAAUUUAAACUCCACCCGUGUUUUAGAGACAAACGUACGCACAGGUAGUCUGUUGCAAGGUCAUCCGUACAAACAGACACUAGAAACUUGUGGUGGUUAUAGUGAAGUGCUGCUCGAAUGGGUCCAAGCAUGGAACCCUGAGGCACGCCAACGUAUACUUCUCGAACGCAUACUUUCGGAUAAAGAUACCACCAAGAGAUCGAUCACCAUCUCGCCUCAGGCCCUAUGGCAUUACUUUGCAUCGCGCGGCGAUUGGAGAACGAUGAGGAGUUGGGUACGAGCAAUGGCGCUUGAAGCAAAUCCCAGUCCAGAUGACCCUGUAGUGAGCAUUGGUGAUGCUCUCUCUAUACAUGAAGAUGUUCUAAUACUUCCACCACUAACACGUGAUGUGUUCAGUCAGUUCCCAGCAUGCCCUGCGGUCAUCAAGGACGUAAUAGUGGACGAAUUAACUCGAUACGGACUCUUCACUAUGGAAGAGCUCUCCAACUUCAACAUUCUGUUGUAUCACUUAUGUCGCACCCAGACCUUGUUCACCGACCCACACCCAUUACAUGGUGUAAAAACACAGCUCCAACCAUCACACGAGGAACAGAUACACGAUGACGCUGGCAGGUCUGCGGGCCAGAUAGUGUCCCUUGGUGACUUCCACCGUAGAUUUAUAGAAUAUUGUAUCAGGAUGCAGUUUGUUAAUCUGUUGUACCAUUAUUUGGAUUAUUACGGACUUGGUGAAUCACUAGAAGCGAUGCUGGAGCUUCAACUAGAGUGUGACAAACCCCCUUGGUUUGAUAUGCUCAUCUCUUUUCGACUGGCUGGAAAGCAUCCAGAAGAUAAAGACAGCGUGUUUCGUGCCAGUCUAUCAAACGCAAAAAUUAUCUUGAAUACCAGUUCACCCUCUAUCACUGCAAUGCUUAAUGAAGGAUGUCCUAUCAUGGCCUUGGCUACUCUAGUGUAUGGACCAGGACCCAUCUCACAGGCUAUUGUUUCGGCUGAUCGUUCUAUCGACAACCCAACAUGGCAAGUACAAGAUACAUUACUACGCAGGUCACUGUUAUCGUAUCCUAAGCUCCUGACUGCUCUGUUCCCUGUUACAACGAGUGUGGAUGGUAUGGAGCCACAAGACAUUACCGUGUAUCAACUACUACAGGGUAACUCUCCUCUCGAAAUCUCUCGGAUGUUCGGAUGGCAAUCCACCAAUGAGCUGGCUUUAAAAGCAGAUAUGGUCUGUGAGAUGCCCCAUUUCUCGCUAGCACCAUUAGUCUCACAGUACGCCCAUCAAGAGCAGUUAACUUAUUCUUAUUACCUACGUCAUGGACGACCGUCAUUUGCAUUUGCUGCGUUUGUUGGCAGUCAGUUGGCAGAGCUUUCUGUUACUAGAGCAAGGAUUUUUGCUGCUUCCAAGAAAGCCUACCGCGUAGCCAUACAACAUUUCACCGACACACAGAUCACUACAUCUUGUGUGGUGUUUACUGAAAUGCUGGGAAUAGACAGUACAGGGUUACGUGUUGAUAUCCAGGCAGCCAAUAGGAUCUUAUCACAUGCAGGUCGUGAAUCACUCCAGGGUACGGAUGGUAGGAAUGGCCAGACAUUAAAGGAUAAAAUAGUUUCUGAGCUUAUUUCUCGAGGGACGCGUCAGUUAACCACGUUCCUGUCUGCUUUAGAGGAAGCAACUCUGAACCUCAUCAGUAAAUAUUGUUUAGAAAGGUAACCUUUUUUGCAUCA